CGAGACUGCGGCUGAGCGAGCGCGCGCGCUUCGGGGCUGCGGUGACGCGGAGGCAGCGGCCCUCCUCCUCCUCCUCCUCCUCCCCCCUCCCUCUCUGCAUCCCCCUCCCUCCCUCCCUCUCUCCUCCCUGCCUCCCUCCCUUCCUGGGCCACCACCGUCCAGACCAUGAUCUUCUUGCCGCCUUCGGAGCGCGUCCCCGGCGGCGCCCCUCCAGCAGCCUACGGAGGAGGAAGAGGAGGAGGAGGAGGAGGCAGCAGCGGCAAGGCAGGCGCCUCGGGAGGGAGGACCUAGGCGCAGCCAGCCAGCUAGCGUCCCAAGCCCGCUGCCUGCCUGCUUUCCUUCCUUCCUUCCUCCGGAGCAUUUCCCACCGCCGAGCCACAGGGCCUGGUUGCCAAAAUGCUGAUCAAAGAGUACCAUAUCCUUCUGCCUAUGAGCCUGACGGAGUACCAGGUGGCCCAGCUCUACAUGAUCCAGAAGAAAAGCCGUGAGGAGUCGAGUGGCGAGGGCAGUGGGGUUGAGAUCCUGUCCAACCGGCCCUACAGCGAUGGCCCAGGCGGGAACGGCCAGUAUACACACAAGAUCUACCACGUGGGCUCUCACAUUCCCAGCUGGUUCCGGGCCCUCCUGCCCAAGGCGGCUCUGCAGGUGGAAGAAGAGUCCUGGAACGCCUAUCCGUACACCCGCACCAGAUACACCUGUCCCUUUGUGGAGAAAUUUUCUAUUGAGAUUGAGACCUAUUACCGUCCAGAUGCUGGAAAACAGAACAACAUCUUCAACUUGAAUGCUGCCGAGCGCAGGCAGAGAAUUGUCGAUACCAUUGACAUUGUGCGGGACCCCAUCUCGCCCAGUGAAUAUAAGGUGGAAGAAGAUCCACGACUUUAUCGCUCAGUCAAGACCGGUCGUGGACCCCUGGGAGAUGACUGGCUGGAGAAUGCAACUAAUGAGUCUCUUAUGUGUGCCUACAAGCUUUGUAAAGUGGAGUUUCGCUACUGGGGCAUGCAGUCCAAGAUUGAACAGUUCAUCCAUGAUGUUGGUCUUCGAAAAGUGAUGCUGCGAGCGCACCGCCAGGCGUGGUGUUGGCAGGACGAGUGGACAGAUCUCACCAUGGACGACAUCCGGAGGCUGGAAGAAGAGACAGCACGUAUGCUGGCCCAGAAGAUGGCCACCUGCAUAGAGCCUGCUACAGGCCCCACUCAGCCCAGCCCCGAGCGAGCAGAUGAACUAGGAGACCAUGACAAGCAAGACCGAGUUGAUACCCUGAGGGCUCCCGAUUCUUCCCCGGACGAUCCCUUUGCCAAGCAGUGGUCAACGUCCUCCCGCUCAUCCUACUCUUCUCAGCACGGUGCUGCGGUGUCUCCACACAGCUUAUCAGAGUGGAGAAUGCAAAAUAUUGCCCGAGAUUCAGAGAACAGCUCUGAGGAGGAAUUCUUUGACGCUCAUGAGGAUUUCUCAGACAGCGACGACGUUUUUGCCAAGGAAAUCACUAAGUGGAACUCCAACGAUUUUCUCGACACUCUGGAGAGACCCAUUGAGCCGGAUGAUGUUCUUGUUGAUGCUGCUGGGGUAGCCAAACCAGAUAGCGAUGGGGUCGCUGUACCUGGCCCCUCGGAGGGUAGCUCAGAAGGUCUCUCGGGGACGUGCCGCAUCCAUGCGCUUUUCCUGAUCCUCCACAGUGGCAACAUCCUGGACCAAGGUGUGGGAGAGCCUGGCUCCAAGCAAGCUGACGUGCACACCCUCACUGCCACCUUGGACUCAGUCACUCGCCUGCAUUUCCCAGAGGCAUUGGGGCAUGUUGCACUCCGCCUGGUGUCUUGCCCUCCAAUCUGUGCCGCGGCCUACACUCUUGUCUCCAAGCUCAGCCCUUACAGUCAUGAUGAUGACAGUCUGUCCAGUAGCCAAGAUCACAUCCCACUGGCUGCUUUGCCUCUCCUGGCCACUUCCUCAGGCGGUUACCAGAAUGCGGUGGCGACCGUUAUUUCUCGAACCAACCAGGCCUACACCAAUUUCAUCCACUCCCCUGAUGGCACCGGCUUCUGUGGUCAGGUGCUGCUAAUUGGGGACUGCGUUGGAGGCAUCCUUGGCUUUGAUGCCCUAUGCCAUAGCCGUGCCGGUGGGUCUGGCAGUCGUGGGAGCAGCCGCCGUGGCAGCAUGAACACUGAGCUGCUUUCUCCAGAAAUUUCUGUGGUGCGGGAUCCACUGCUUGAUAAGGCAGAGGUGCCGGGGGGGAUGAGCCGUGCCAGUCCUGAGCCAGGGGCACUCCCACCCACCUUGAAACGCAGUGACAACGUGGCACAGGAGGGUGACUCGUUACUACAACAGCAUCAUUUCUUGUCCAGCCUGCAGGCGAUUGUGCCAUGCUCAGAUGCGGAAGGAGACCCUCGACGUAGCAGUAACUCUUCAUCCUCAAUGGUGGAGACUUUUGAGGGUCCCAUCAUGGUUGGAAAGUUGGAAUUCAAGGUGUCUGGCUUCUUCUUGUUUGGUUCACCCCUGGGGCUGGUACUUGCUCUUCGGAAAACUGUGAUGCCUGGCUUGGAUGUGGCCCAGAUGCGCCCAGCCUGUGAGCAGAUCUACAACUUGUUCCAUGCAGCAGACCCAUGCGCCUCCCGUUUGGAACCUCUGCUGGCCCAGCAGUUCCAUGCUAUGCCACCCUUUGGUGUCCCCCGCUACCAGAAGUACCCACUGGGUGAUGGCUCAUCUACUUCAUUGGCGGAGGCCUUGCAGAGUCACUCUUCCCUCUUCAUGGAUGAGUUGGACCUUGUCACACCACCCACACCGACGGGUGCAUUUGGGGGCUUCUGGAAAGGGAACGAAGGAACCACAGGCGAGAGCACUGUAACCAGCACCAACGAAGUGGUCAAGAUUCUGGAUCGCUGGUGGGGAACUAAACGCAUUGACUACUCCCUCUACUGCCCAGAGGCACUGACGGCAUUUCCUACGAUCACCCUGCCUCACCUUUUCCAUGCCAGCUAUUGGGAAAGUGCUGAUGUGGCCGCUUUCAUUCUCCGACAGGUGAUUGAGACAGAGCAGCACCAAGUGACGGAAAAUGAGGAGAGUUCCAUCUACAGCCCGGCUUUUCCCCGUGAGAAGUGGCAACGCAAGCGCACACAAGUGAAGAUCCGGAAUGUCACAGCCAACCACCGUGCCAGCGAUGUCAUUGUGUGUGAAGGGCGGCCCCAGGUUCUCAACGGGCGUUUCAUGUAUGGACCGUUGGAUGUGGUGACUCUGACUGGAGAGAAGGUUGACAUCUAUGUCAUGGCACAGCCACUGUCAGGGAAGUGGGUCCACUAUGGCACAGAGGUGACCAGUGGCAGUGGAAGGCUCUCCUACACUCUCCUUGAGGAGAAGAUGCUGGGCAUUGGCAUGUACCCUGUCCGCAUGGUGGUGAGGGGUGAUCACACUUAUGCUGAGUGCUUUCUGACCGUAGUAGCUAAGGCCACACCAUGCGUCGUCUUCAGUAUUGAUGGUUCCUUCACAGCCAGUGUCUCCAUUAUGGGCAGCGAUCCCAAAGUACGUGCUGGUGCUGUUGAUGUAGUAAGGCAUUGGCAAGACUCUGGGUUCAUGAUCAUCUAUGUGACUGGGCGUCCAGACAUGCAGAAGCACCGUGUGGUGGCUUGGCUCACCCAGCACAACUUUCCUCAUGGCAUUGUCUCUUUCUGUGAUGGCCUCACGCAUGACCCCCUCCGCCAGAAAGCUGCCUUUCUCCAGGGCCUUCAACAGGAGGCAGAGGUCACCAUUGUGGCUGCCUAUGGAUCCACUAAGGACAUCUCGGUCUAUAGCUCCUUAGGGCUUCCACCAGCUCAAAUCUACAUCGUGGGCAGGGCUGUGAAAAAAUUACAAAGCCAGUGCCAGUUCCUGUCAGAUGGCUACGUUGCACACUUGGCACAGCUGGAAGCCGCUUCUCUCGCCCAUUCACCAAAGGGGACCACGCGGCCCACGCUGGGAAAAGGCAGUUACGGCUGCCCUGCUCCUGUGGACUUUCUGCGCAAGCAGAGCCAGCUCUUGCGCUCUCGGGGACAGAGCCAGGCCGAGCGCGAAGGAGGAGGCACCACUCAGCCCCGAGCCAAGACGCGUAGCGUCAGCCUCAAGUUGGAGAGUGAGGAGUAGGCCCUUGCAGGGAAAUCUUUGCAUUUUCCGACUUGCAGUGGCUGGUGCCGAGACUGGGCCUAUGAGAGGCCGCAGAUGUGUGACAGAGGAGCCAAGAACAACAGGCAGAGAAGAAGAGAGAAAAGGCAGAAGGAGAGAGCCCUGUCCUGCAGAGGCUGAGAGCUGGGCUUCGGUGCCGCUAAAACAGGAGGAGAGAACUUCUGUAUAAUCCCAGAAGUUGCUCCCAUUCCCCUCAGUUCCAGCUCCCGGCUCCUGUUUGUGGUUCCCUUCGACCCACAGUUCAGCCAACACCCAUCCACUCAUACCUUCUGGGGAAUUGGGGAUGGAGGGAGGGACGGGGGCGAUGGGAGUGUGUUCAUAUUAGCCUGACUUAAUUGUGUUGCGUUAUUUGUGAGUUGACUGUUCACAUUCCUCCUCUUUCUCCAGCUCAGAUUUUGCAGGUCUCUUAAGACUGGGAUAUAUUCUACUCUCCCCAUCAGAUCCCAAGUGAGGUGGUAGUCGUUCUAGCUCUAGUGGCUUUCCCGAGUUUUCCCACGUCCCUCUGUGACUUCAAGAGGGUGGGGUGCCUAGGGAAAAUCUAGGGCGCACAGUUACCAUCUGCCCCUUUCCUUGAGCGCCUUGCUCCAGCCCAGCCCUGCCUGUGCCCUGGUCUCUGGGUGUUUGCAUGAUACUGCCCCUCCUGUGCAUUUAUUAUGUCCGACGGGAGACAGCACAGGACGUCCAGGAACAAAGAGGAAUCUUUACUCCCUUGCUGCUGAGGAGGAGGAGGAGUUGGUUAUUUAUUUCAUUGUUCAAAAUGUCUGGAAAACGGGGAGGUGGGGAACUGAAUCCUGUUUUGAGGGAUGUUUGGGGGUGGGUGGGUUCCAUUUAUUGUAUUCUAAAAACCAACAAAUAAAAAAGUAAAGCCUGAA